AUGUCUUCUAACGACCUAGCUGCUACUAUGCGUUCGAUUCUGAAAGGCGACCACCAGCUCAGCGCUGAGUUGAGUACUGUUUUGGUAUCUCUCGGCUCAGCAGUCAAUCAACUAAAAAUCCAGCAGGAUGCUACAGUCAAGGAACUUGAACUGGUAAUUAAUUUACCACUACCCUUCGGACAGUCCAAAAUUCAGUCUUUGCAACUGCUAUUCGACAAAAUUGGAUACUCGAAGCUUCUUUCCGAUUUGGAAAGAGAUCUCAUUGCUGCGGAUAUCUUAUACGUGAACAAGAACGGUUCUUGUAAUAUGGCAUUUUUCGUAUCCCAACGUCACCAUGAUUACUUGAUGAGCGCAAACUUCCAGCGCAAAAUCGCCGUGGCCUACAAUUAA